AAAGACAGGCUUCAUGAAUGGGUUUUUGAGGCAAGGGAAAAACAGAAAAUGCAGAGGGAGAGAAUGAGCAAGAAGAAGAUUAGUCAGGUUCAUUGCAUUCCCUCUGGUGAUCAUAUUCUCAUGACGGCUUCUACUUCUAAACACAUUUCUCAAAUCAGAUUAUACAAAGCCUGGAAGGGUAACAACAGAUUUUGCUGUGGUGGUAGACUAAUCUUUGGUCCUGAUGUAUCAUCUCUGUUCCUAACCUCCUUCUUGAUUGGUGCUCCUGCGCUUACAUUCUGUAUAAGGAUGCUCUUGUGGAUCAAAAAAGGAGAUCCUUUCUUCAACUAUACCGUUCUAGCUUCAGGAUUUAUCCUCACCCUCUUGGAUUUUACGUUUCUAUUGUUGACAUCAGCUAGGGAUCCAGGAAUCAUUCCAAGGAAUAAAACAUCAAUGAAUCUUGAAGAUGAUUCAGAUAGUUCCUUGACACAAUCUAUGGAAUGGGUUAACAACAAAACUCCUAAUCUCAAGAUUCCAAGAACCAAAGACGUUUUCGUCAAUGGUUACACUAUCAAAGUCAAGUUCUGCGAUACUUGCUUGCUCUAUCGUCCACCUCGUGCAUCACAUUGCUCCAUCUGCAACAACUGUGUCCAACGCUUUGAUCACCAUUGUCCAUGGGUUGGUCAGUGCAUUGCCCGAAGAAACUACCCGUUCUUCAUCUGCUUCAUUUCAUCUUCAACAUUGCUAUGCAUAUAUGUCUUUGUGUUCUCCUGGAUCAAUCUGAUUCGACAACCUGGGAAGCUAUGGAGAACAAUGUCUUAUGAUAUAGUGUCAGUCAUUCUUAUCGUAUAUUCAUUCGUCGCUGUCUGGUUCGUUGGUGGACUUACCAUUUUCCACUUCUAUCUCAUGUCUACAAACCAGACAACAUAUGAGAAUUUCCGGUACCGUUACGAUAAGAAAGAAAAUCCUUACAAGAGAGGGUUACUGAAGAAUGUUAAAGAAGUAUUAUUUGCCAAGAUCCCGCCUUCGCAACUAGAUCUCAGAGCGAUGGUCCCGGAAGAAGAUGACAUGACUAUAGCAUCUAACGGAUCCGAGUAUGAGUCAGAGUAUAGCUCCUCCGUGAGAUACGAUACAGAAAUGGGAGGCAAGCUCACUAAAAGGGAGAGUCCGAGGAAGCUUCCUUUGCCAACACGAAACUUAGAUGAUAUCAAGGAAAUUAGUGAUAACUACGACAGAUCUACGACAACUAGAGAUGAUGCUUCUGAGCGCGAUCCUUCGUUCUUCUCCUCUCAACUAGACUUGCCCAAGUAACUGCAAUGAACAAUCUCUCACUGUUGUAUCAUCUUUGUCUAUAUUCUUUCGAACAUUCUGAUGAAAUAUAGCAAGAAUUACAGA